AUGGGAACCAUAGUCUCUCUACUUUACAUCUGGCUGUAUUCCCAGAGCUUCCACUUCCAUGUGGCACAUCUUUAUGCUCAUUUUGGGUACUCCAGUGCUCAGCAUAUUGUUGGCCAAAGAUACCUGAAAGGAGCUGGUGUGAUGAAGAAUGAAGAGAUGGCAAUGCAUUGGUUUAGACAAGCCUCCCAGCAGGACCAUCCCCAUGCUUCCUUUAACCUUGCAGUGGGAAAGCUGAGAAACAUGACUCGUUCCAUGGAAGUGGGGGAUGUAGAGAUGCUCCUUAAUGUUGCUGCAAGUCAGGGGAUCCAAGAGGCCCAGGAACUUCUGAAGAAUGUUAUUUGGACUAAAAGCAAGCUCUUGCCAACUAAAAGAACGAGCCGUUUUUAUAGGCCAUAA